AUGGGAAAUUGGACAACCUCAAAUGCAGAUGCUGCAGCCCACGAAAUGAACAUAAGAACCGCACAACAGCAGAAAGGCUACAUCCUUCGCCCGGUUCGUGCAGCAGAUAAUCGAAAGAGAAUUCGAAAUGCGUCAGUCGGAGCGGCUUUUGUGACCAAUACAGUAAUUGCACGAGAUACAGCUGAUUCGGGCAGUCAUGCAGCGUAA